AACCAAUGAGAGACCUGUAUUAUUUCUGUCGUUAAUUAAACAUUUUAUUUCUUAAAUAUUCUGCCCUGUUACACCGAUUUCGUUAUUGCUUUGUGAAAUAUUUAAUAUAAAAUUAAUUAUAUACAAAUCUUGAUCAGGGGUGAAGAUUGAAUAAAUAUGAAAGGGUUCGUUGAAACGAUCAAUUUAUGAUCAAUGUAAAAGAGUGUCAUUUAUUUUUGUUAUAAGACAACAAACUGUCUGUAAAUUAAAUAAGAUACACUGUUCUAUUAACUAAAUACCUGCUAAGGUAAAAUCAUUCCAUCAAAAGUCAUUUAUCUAUUUAUAUAUACUGGAAUAAUUGUGCAUAACCUAAGAAUGCCUUUUAAAAAAGACUUGAGGCUUCUAUUGAAGCCUUAUUAUUUGAUAAAUAUUUUACUCAGUGUUUCAUAUAUUGUCUCAAAACGUUUACCGAUCGUUUGUCAUUAUGUAUUUGCACAAGCAGAGUGUGAACUUGAUGGGAGGGAAACAGAGAUUUUAUUUUUUCUCAUGAUAGUCAUUAUGAUAAGGACACGAAAAACUGGAAGUGUCACUAUGAUAAACUAUUUAUCAUCUAGCUUUGUGUACACCAAAAUAGCUAAUUUGAUUCUUUGGUUUUAUGCAGAUAUUCGUAUGGGAAUUAUAUUUGCUAUUAUAUUUAUUUUAUGUGGCUUGUUGUUCCCUGAACCAACAUACCAAGGUCCAGAGAAUGUAACAUAUUUACGUGGUGCACAAGGAUUACAAGAAGAAUUAUACCGUGAUACAAGAAUUGUUUGGCUGGUUGCAUUUUAUACAGCAUGGAAUCCAGCUUGUGUUAACUUUGCACCAAUAUUCUCUGAGCUUUCUGCAGAGUAUGCAUUGGAGAAUUUAAAAUUUGGAAAAGUAGAUAUAGGAAGGUAUCCAGAUGCGGGAGUGAAGUAUCAUAUUAGCGACGCUAGUACCAGUAAACAGUUGCCUACCUUGAUUCUUUUUAAAGAAGGUAAAGAAGUAGAAAGACGUCCAUACGCGGAUCACAAAGGGAAAUUAGUUAAAUUUCUUUUUUCAUUAGAUAACAUAAAAGCAACGUUUGACCUUAAUAAUGUUUACAAAGAUUGUAAAAAGAAUCCAAUUAAGAAGAAAGAGAAGAAAAUGAUAAAAGCUGAAUAAUGUAAUGAUCGUUUCUAGGCAUUUAUUACAAUUUUACCGAUGUCAUAGCACUGCCAGCAAUUCAAUUGAAAAUAACUUCUACUAUGUAGAACGAAAAUUUAGUGUAGCUGUGUCUCGCGCAAAUUUUAAUUUAUCGUCAAACUAUGAAAAUAUGUAAAUAUUUCAUUAUACUUUUAAUCGUUACAUGCAUUUUCUGCACCAUUGUGUUCUGUUAACGAUUAAUGGAUAUUACUCUAGAGUAAGAUAAUUUAUUCAAUAAUAGAUAUGGUUACCAAUGUCACUGAUAUCAAAUGACACACCAGUGUCACGUGUUUAUUUAUAAAUUUACACGAUAAAAAA